AUGGAAAACAUUGAAGAAAAAGCAAAUAAAUAUUUAACUAAAACAUCACGAGCUCUAUUGAAUGUUGAAGAUUAUCAUCAACAAGCAAAGCAAGUAUUGCCACAAAUGAUAUAUGAUUUUUAUAGUACUGGUUCGGAUGAUCAGCUAACAUUAAAUGAUAAUCUACAAGGAUUUCGUCGAUUAAAAUUACGUCCAAAAAUACUCAUUGAUGUAUCAUCUCAUUCAACAGAAAAUUCAAUAAAUUGUCAAACACAACUUUUAAAUUCUACAACGAUAAUUUCAUUUCCAUGUAUUAUUGCCCCGACAGCUUUACAUCGAUUGGCCAAUAAUGAACAUGGAGAAUUAGCAACCGUUCGAGCAGCUGUUGCUUGUUCAACAAUUAUGUGUGUUAGUACGACUGCAUCAACACGUAUGGAAUUAAUUGCUGAAGAACAUCGUCGACACAUUAAAACAAAUUAUCCUCAAAGUACUUCUCAACUUUGGUAUCAAUUGUAUGUAUUAAAAAAUCGUCAACAUUCACAAAAACUAAUUGAACGUGCUGAAAAAUGUGGUUAUAAAGCUUUAGUUUUAACGGUUGAUCAUUGUCAUUUAGGUAAUAGAGAAUGUGAUGUUCGCAAUAAUUUUUCUUUACCAAAUGGUAUUCAAACUGAAAAUCUCAUUGAUGACCAUGAUUAUGAUAGUGAAUUUGCUAAAGCUUAUCGUAAUACAGUACCAAUUGAUUCAUCAUUAUCAUGGAAAGAUCUUAAAUGGAUACAGUCAAUUACAUCGUUACCUCUAAUUAUCAAAGGUAUUAUUCAUCCAGAUGAUGCUCGUGAAGCUAUUAAACAAGGUAUACAAGGAAUUAUUGUUUCGAAUCAUGGUGGAAGACAAUUGGAUACAUGUUUGAGUACUAUUGAUGCUCUACCAGAUAUUAUGAAUGCUAUAAGAAAUGAAAAACAUAAAAUCGAUGUUUAUAUUGAUGGUGGCAUACGACGAGGAACAGAUAUUUUAAAAGCUGUUGCAUUAGGUGCAAAAGCAGUACUUAUUGGACGACCAAUUCUAUGGGGUUUAGCAGUAAAUGGAGCACAAGGUGCACAGAAUGUGAUGGAAAUAUUGAAAAAAGAAUUUCAAUUAGCUAUGAUGUUAUGUGGUUGUCGAACUAUUGAAGAUAUUAUAAAAAAUGAUCUUGUAGUAAUGAAUAAUAGAAACAAUCAAUCGAAAUUAUAA